GUGAUAUACGAAAACGACGAAAUUAGCAAAUAAUCUUUUAGAUAUGCACAUUGAAGGUGGAUUUUUAGCAUCCGACGGUCCUGAAAACCUAUGGUGAAUUUGACCGCCCUUUGUUUUAUUUUUAAACUUUGUCUUUACCCCAAAGGAUGGAAAUGCCUGUAUUUUCAAUAAGCUGCAAGGCCACUAUCACCGAGGAACCACCAAAUCCUUCCAGGAAAUGCAAGUUCCUCUCUGCAACUUUGAGGGAUGCGUUUUCCAAUUGCCGUACUUGUCGCCGGCUUUCAACUUCAAGCCCGGAGGUGGAUUACCCUUCCAGUGACAUAGAUGAUGAGCAGGAAAUUGUUGUUUCAGCAAUCCGAAGCCGUGCCUUGGAGAAGUCUAGGCAAAGAUCAUUUGUUCUGACAGAUAGCUUUUCCUGGGUUUUUUCUCCGAGGACCGGGGAAUUGUUCUUGGCUCCUAAGAUUUUUCAAGAAAAGGAUGAGAAUGAUGAGAAGGAGGACGAAGGAGAAGAAUUUCUCUCUGUUGCUAGUUGUUUCUCAUGUUGUUCAAGUGCUUUGAGCAAGGAAGCCUUUCUUUCUGUGAAGACAAACUUCUCCCGCUGCUCAAGCUUUAGUGAGCUUCUUGACUUUCAAGAUUUUCCAAGGUCUUCCAUACUUCAGGAGUUGUGUCACUGCGAGGGAUGGCCAUUUGGUCUCUACAGGAAGGCUGUGUUGCUUCCACCUUUGCCCAAAUCCCCUUCUGAAUCUUGGUCUUGGCGUAAGCGCAGCAGAAUAGUUAAGAUGGCUCGAGUUCAGUAAUCAGUACCCUUCAUACCGGUCUUGGCAAUGAAGGCAAGCAGACAAAUUAAUGAAUAAAGAUUAAAAUUAUAGAAAAGUUUAUCCUUAUAUCGAAAGAUAGUUGAGAUUACCUAUUUCAUGAAUCCUAUUUCUCAUCUGCUAUGUUCAAGGCUGAUGAAAUUAUAAGCCUAGUCGUACAAGACUGAAGAAUUACACUUUCCUAGAUAGGAAGCACAACUAGCAGCUGCCAUCCUUCAUAAUUAGAGGAGUCGAGAUUGUCAUUGUAAUUUAAAUUAAGAACUUCCAAAGAGAUCAGGAACGAGAAAACAAAGCUCCAAGAUUGAUACAACAGUAGGACUCAAAAUGGGAUUUUACGGAGGAUCUCAUUUGAGAGCAAGUGUAUCAAUUACAUUCCAAUUGCAAAAUGAAUAUUAUCUUUAUUAAGUUUUUAUUCAGAAAGCA